AUGUCUGAACUGGCGAAGUCAGCACCCAAGAAGGGCUCCAAGAGAAUGGAGACAAAGACCGCUGAUAAGGGAUGCAAGAAGAGAAAGAGGAGCACGAAGGAGAGUUACGCCAUCUAUGUGUACAAGAUGCUCAAACAGGUCCAUCCCUACACCGGUAUUUCUUCCAGAGCUACGAGCAUCGUGAACUCGUUAGACAAAGACAUUUUUGAGCGCAUUGCCACCGAGGCGUCUCGUCUGCCACACUACAACAAGUGCACCACCAUCACAUCCAGAGAGAUUCAGACCGCCGUGCGCCUCCUGUUGCCCAGUGAGCUGGCUAAACACGCCGUGUCCGAAGGUACCAACGCUGUGACCAAGUACAACAGCUCCAAGUGA